UUAAUUAGGGGAAGAACAGGUUCUGAUGAAUUCUUCAUUUAGAGUUGGUGACCAACAAUCGACCCACCACCAAUUUUAGAUCAAGAUUCGAACAUGCCUUAAAAGUAAAGCUUGCAUUCAAGUUUGGCUCUUUGAGUAGGACUUCAGGAUUGAAGGUUGAAUUAUUGAUCAUCCGUUCGACAGCACGAACACAACUACUGCCAUUUUUCAGUCGUGAUCUGAACCACUGCAGUGCCAUAAUGGUGGAUACCGCCAUGACAACCCACGAAGCCUCCUCUUCAUCCUCCUCCAAGUCAAACUUUGGAAUUACGACGUGUUCUCGAGCUUCAGUGGUGUAGACACACGCAAUGGUUUCACGGGCCACCUCCAUGCGGCAUUAACAGACAGGGGAUACCAGGCUUAUAUCGAUGAGGACAAUCUAGAAAGAAUGGAAGAAAUAAAAGAGGAACUGUUCCGGGCAAUCGAAGUGGCGAGGAUCUCUAUCAUUGUCUUCUCAAAGAGUUAUGCGGACUCGAGUUGGUGUCUUGACGAGCUGGUGAAGAUCAUGGAGUGCAGAUACAAACUGGGGCGACGUGUUUUGCCAAUAUUCUAUCAUGUUGAUCCUUCACAUGUUAGGAAGCAGAACGGAGAUUUAGCUCAAGCAUUUCAGAAGCACGAAGAGGGCAUCCGUGAAGAAAAAGAUGACAAGGAACGUGGAGCUAAACAACAAAGGGUAAAGCAAUGGAGAAAGGCUCUUACAGAAGCUGCAAAUUUGUCUGGCCAACAUGUUCAAAUCACAGACAAUGGGCGCGAAGCAAAGCUUAUUAGAGAAAUUGUUGGCAUGAUCAUUACGGAAUGGCUUCCGAGCGCAAACAAAUUAAAUGUGGCCAAGCACCCAGUUGGAAUCAAUUCUCGCAUUCAAGAUAUUAUCAGUUAUCUUUCAGGUGGUGGAUCAAAUGACGUUGUCAUGGUUGGAAUUUGGGGGAUGGGUGGAUUGGGUAAAACAACAGCUGCCAAAGCCAUUUAUAACCAAAUUCAUCAUAAGUUCCAAUUCAAAAGUUUCCUUGCCAACGUUAGUGCAUAUGAUCUGGUUGAUUUGCAAGGAAAACUUGUUUCUGACAUCUUGAAACAGACCGAGUCUAAGAUAACCAGUGUUGAUAGAGGUAUCAGUUUGAUAAAAAAUCAUCUCCAACGUAGAAGUGUACUUGUCAUUAUUGACAAUGUAAACAAAGUGGAACAGCUAAAUGCAAUAGCUGGAAAUCGUGAUUGGUUUGGCCCAGGAAGUAGAAUUAUCAUAACGACACGAGAUGAACGUUUACUAAAGCAAGUGAACAUGAAAGUGGACAAGACAUAUCCACUUAAGGAAAUGAAUGAAGAAGAAGCUCUGAAGCUCUUUAGUUGGCAUGCCUUUGGGAAUAGUUGGCCUGAUGAAGGAUAUCUUGAACUAUCAAAAGAGGUUGUUUUUUACUGUGGUGGUUUGCCACUAGCCCUUGAAGUUUUAGGUUCUUCUAUGAUUGAAAGAACCCCAACAGAGUGGAAAAGUCAGUCGGAGAAAUUGAAAAAAUUUCCUGAUGAAGGAAUAAUGAAAGCGCUAAGAGUAAGCUUUGAAGGGCUAGAUCCUGCACAGAAAGAUAUAUUACUUGACAUAUCUUGUUUCUUUAUUGGAUGGGAUAAGGACUAUGUCGCAAAAAUAUUAGAUGGAUGUGAGUUUUUUGCAACAGCAGGAAUCAGUGACCUUCGUGAACGAUGCCUUGUAACUGUUGAACACAACAGGUUGAAUAUGCAUGAUUUGCUUCGAGAAAUGGCCAAAUUAAUCAUUUCUGAAAAAUUUCCUCGUCACCCUGGAAAAUGGAGUAGGUUGUGGAACCGUCAAGAGGUCACUAAAGUAUUGAGAGAUAACUCUGGAACUGAAGAAGUUGAAGGACUUGCUCUACAUUUCCCUGAUCCUUGGUUUAAAAGCUCCAAAGAGUCUAGUUGUUUCCGUACAGAAGCAUUUGCCAAUAUGAAGAAACUGAGACUGCUCACGCUCAUGAAGGUGCAGCUCAAUGGAGAAUACAAACAUCUUUCCAAAGAGUUAAUAUGGUUGCGUUGGAAUGGAUGCCGUUUAAAGUCCAUACCUGAUGACUUCUUUGAUCAACCAAGAGCACUAGUUAUUUUAGAGAUAACGUUUAGCAGACUGGUACAAGUUUGGGAGGGCUCCAAGUCGCUUGGAAACUUGAAAAUCCUUAAUCUCAGUUGUUGCGAUGACUUGAGAAAAUCACCAGACUUUUCAAAUGUCCCAAAUCUUGAAGAGUUGAUAUUGCAAGGGUGUAAGAGUUUGUCCGAGAUUCACCCCUCCAUUGUUCAUCUUAGAAAACUUUCUUUGGUGAACCUCAAAGGCUGCAAGAAUCUUAUUUCUCUUCCUGGGGAUUUCUACAAGUCCAAAUCCGUUCAGACUCUUGUUCUUGAUUAUUGUUCGCAAUUCAGUGAACUGCCCAAGGAUUUAGGGAAGAUGAUAUCAUUGAGAGUACUUAAAGCAUCUGCCACAGCCAUAAGACAAGUACCACGUUCCAUAGUAAGGUUGAAGAAUCUCACUCAUUUAUCUCUAGUGGAUGUGGGAUCGGAGUUUCAUUUGCGAUUUCCCUAUUCGGUGUUUUCUUUGCGAUUUCCCGAUUCGUUACAUGGCUUAGACUCUUUAAGAAAUUUAGAUCUCUCAAACAAUGAUUUUGAUACCCUACCCAGCCUCAGUGGUCUUUCAAAGCUUGAAAGUUUGCAGUUAAGUAACUGCCAUAACCUUCAUACCCUACCCAGCCUCAGUGGUCUUUCAAAGCUUGAAAGUUUGCAGUUAAGUAACUGUCGUAACCUUCAUACCCUACCCAGCCUCAGUGGUCUUUCAAAGCUUGAAAGUUUGCAGUUAAGUAACUGCCGUAACCUUCAUACCCUACCCAGCCUCAGUGGUCUUUCAAAGCUUGAAAGUUUGCAGUUAAGUAACUGCCAUUACCUUCAUACCCUACCCAGCCUGAGUGAUCUUUCAAAGCUCGAAAGUCUCUGGUUACAUCAUUGCUUCGGGCUUCCUACAAUUUCUGAUUUGCCAACGAAUUUAAAAUUUCUGGAUGCGUCUAAUUGCCUUCAUUUGGUAACAAUGCCCAAUUUUUCGAAAAUGUUGAAUAUGAGAGAACUGAUUGUAUGUGAUUCAGACGCACUCACUGAGGUUCCAGACUUGGAUAAGUCAUUAUACUCCAUGACAUGGAUUGAUAUGAGGGACUGCCCCAAACUCACAGAUGAUUUUAAGAGGAACAUCCUAAAGGGAUGGACUUCUUGCGGAUAUGGUGGCAUUUUUCUCAAUGGAAAUUAUGUUCCUGAUUGGUUCGAGUUUGUCAACAACCGUUAUAAAGUCCGUUUUGAUAUCCCCCCGAGUGAUGGUCGUAAUUUUGAAGGGCUGACUCUGUUAUGCUUUUAUACCUCAGAUCUUCAUCAGUCAAGCUCUCAUAUCAGAUGUAAAGGUGGUCAUCCUCGUGUCAGUAUUGAUAUAAAUAAUACCAAGCGUACUAGGUGGCAGACCUGCAUAGGCAAGGAGGAUUGGGUUAUAAAAAUGCGCAAAUUUGAAGAAUGUUUUCUUUGGCAGGGACAAAUAUCAAACGGUAAGCUCAAUUUGCAAAGUGGGGAUAAAGUUGAUAUAACUUUUGAAAUGCCAGAGAUGGGCUAUAAAAAUUAUUAUCCGACAAUUCAGGGAACAGGGGUUAAUCUAGUAUGGGACAAACCUAUGAAGGAAAAUAUCCACGAUUUUGAUGGUGAUGGUAGGUUUUUGAUCCAGAGGCACAGCCAAGGUGGUGAUGCAUCGUCAUCAUCACAUGCUUGAGUCAGAUCACAAUCAGUUCGUCAAACGCCUCUUUCAGUUUUCGAUUUCUCAUUUCAAUAAAUGAAGGCAAGUCCAUACUUCAUACUCCUUUCAAAUUUAAACUUUCCCUCCGUAGCCACCGCGGCAGUUCUUUUUCCCGGUAAUUUAACCGAAACAUCAAGGGUAGUCCUGUCCAGAAGCACCAAAAAUAUCUCUCUCUCGACACUGACAGUCACUCUCAAACGGAAGUAAUGGGAAGCGUAUUGACGAGCGAGUAAUGGGAAGCGUAUUGACGAGCGACCCAAAUUCUGAGCAAAUAGUCGUCCGCUUUCUUCUUCCUCAGUCCAAAUUUGAAGCUCUCUCUUUACAAACCCUCCAAAUCCCCUUGCCGUCUCCGCACCUUCGGGAUCAUGGCCUCCACCGACGUGUUCGUCAAGGGCAGCGUCCACCCAAAUGGCGUCGCCGACAUCACCCUCGGUCGCCCCCCGAGCUCUCAACGCCAUGAACCUAGAUAUGGAUGUGAAAUACAAGAGCUAUCUGGAUGAAUGGGAAUCUGACCCAAAUGUGAAGUGUGUUCUUGUUGAUAGCCGCUCCGCUCGUGCCUUUUGUGGUGGUAUUCACUGCUGAGUAUUCUCUAAUAUGCAAAAUCUCUGAGUACAAGAAGCCCACAUAAGCUUCAUGGAUGGCAUAACAGUGGGCUUUGGUAUUGGCCUAUCAGGUCACGGUCGCUACCGGAUCAUUACAGAGAGGACUGUUCUUGAUAUGCCAGAGAAUGUAAUUUGUUUGUUCCCAGAUGUUGGGUUUUCACGUAUAGUGGCAAAGAGUCCAGGAGGGAGAUCUGUAGGAUUUCAACACCAUCGGAUGCACUGUAUGUGGGUCUUGGGACCCAUUUUGUCCCAUCUCAAAACUUAGCUAUUUGUGCCAAAGAAUCAAGGACAAGGACAAAGACUUGUCAGUGAAGAUUGAAGAAGGAUUUGGACCAAAUGGGUUGGGAAUUCUAUCAAUCACUCGUAUACGUUAAAAGGCUCGUUUUAUGCAAAUCCAAUAUUGGAUAGCCCUACGACAGAUGAAUCUCUAAUUCAAAGGUAUCCCUCAUACUGUGGUUCAAAUAUAUGGCCCAAUAGUGAAUUGCCAGAACUAGAAGUCGCCUUCAAAGCUCUUGGAAAGGUGAUCCUUGGAGUUGGGCUUAUGGUCGCAUAUCACUGUGACAGAUACGAUGGACCAGUUUUGAC